AAAUAAUAUAUUUUUAAUCAAAAAAUUAAUUAAUUAACCUGACAGGCAUUGCUUGUAAGGAUUUAAAAAUGUUGACUUGCAAGUGUUUAAAUAUUGUCAUAAAUAAUAUAAGUUCAGAUAUUGAAAAAAUUGAUUCAAUAAAUCUUUCUGAUACGGAAAAGAAUGAAUUAUUCUUUCAACAGGAAAUUGGCAAGGUGAAUUUAGGUAAUAUUACAAAAGAACAACCGAGUCUAGUAUCAACAAAAACAGUCGGCGACUGGAUAAUUCAUCAGUGUUUAAAUUGCCGAUUAUUCACUCAUGCUUUACAAAAGGAUAAGGGUGCAUCGAAUGUUUUGGUCAAUCUAAAACUCUUGGCAAACGAUAAUCAAAUUCAAGCUUUAAGAAACAGUGAAAAUUAUUCAAUUGCGUUUCGAAUUGUUAUCAAUCGUAACGACAUUGACUUAAAUAAUUCAGUUGAUUCUUCACCAGCGCGUGUUUCUAGUGAUAAUUUAGCGUUUUGUAAUUUACAACAAAAAUUAAAUGAAGUAUUAAGAUUAGAAACACAAGCAACAGAAGAUCGGAUUCGAAAAUAUUCAGAACAACAAUAUCUUUAUCUUGAUAAUUUUAAAGAACGUGCGAAACAAGAACAUCAGAUUCUUACCAGAUUAAUAUUAAGCCCAAAAAAUAAUGAAAAUAUAAAUCGAAUGGACACAAAUAAUAAACAUUCAAACGAUUUUGUCGAAAUGUAUAAUACAUCGUCUCCAGUGUCAAUUUCAAAUCAUAAACAUGUUUUAAAACCAAAAAAUAAUGUUGUAAAUAGUUUAUCAUCAAAAUUAAAGCGGGAUUCAUCUCGAAUAUCAUCUAGUAAAUUAACAAAUUCACUUCGUGCUGAAUCAUUUGAUUCAGAAGGAUUAUUUCAAUUAGAAGGUGUGAUAGAUGAAACCUUUUCAUCAAAUAAAACACAAUCAGAUAUUGAAAGUGAUACAGAUGAUUCACAAGGAGGCUUUGAUGAUAACGGUCCACCUAGACAAAGAACGUACUCAACAAAUUUAGCAAAGUCGCUGCCAAUGAAUGUCCCAACAUUUAUGUCACCAUAUAGCCGAAAUGCAAUUGACAUCGAUGAUGAUCAGCAAGCAAUCGAGGAUCCGUUAGAUAUUGCAGCUAGCAUUAAAGCAAUUGCAAAAAGUGUCCACGGUGAUGCUGUGUUUGGUGAUCUUCCUCGACCAAGAUUUAGCAGCCAAAUUUAAUAAUUGUGUUCUUUUUACAUA